GCUCUUAUGAUAUCACCUGUGUCUCUUGGCCUGCUUGAGGGUACUUGGCAGGUUAGGAUAGUUCUUUAGCAGCUCCGCCACAGCUCACACCAUGACACAACAUCGCUUUAGCAUAUGCACAUGGCCUCCUACUCGUGUAAAAAGCUUAAAACAAGGCCGGUACGCUAAGGAGCUCUGGACAGCCAGCACAGUGCACCUUGUUAACCUGCCACGUCUCAGAUGGGGCCGCUGUCCUUGUACAGCUACACGUGCGCAGUGGUCGGUGCAGCCGCAAGCGCUGAACCCAUCGGGAGCUUCUCAGCGAAGCCCAGUCCCACCGCAACUCAAACGUGCGGGCGACUUGACAGGUCGAUUAUUGUCCGACUACCUAUCGGGAUGGAAGCCGCAGUACACCGAGUACGACUACUACGUGCCGGCGGAGGCAGUGUACGGCACAGUUCCGGAGGAUAUUCGCGGCACGCUCUUCCUCAUUGGGCCUGCGUUGACCGAAGCGUACGGGACAUCUGUACGGCAUCCCUCAGAUGCCGACGGCAUGGUAUGCAGCCUGGCGUUCGGUGACGGCGGACAGAUUUUCUUUCGCAACCGCUACGUGCGCACCAACUCCUUCGUAGCAGAGCAGGCGGUGGGUCGGCGCCUGACCCGCGGUCGCCAUGACCGCGGCGCACCCCUCGUUGUCGGACAGCAACACAGCCGAGAACAGCAGCAACAACAGCAGCAGCACCAGCAGCACCAGCACCAGCAGCACCAUCGCGUUCCUGCUGGUGCCCGCGGCAAAUCCGCUGAGGAUGGGCGGGCAGCAGCAGCAGCUGCAGCUGCAGCGGCGGAGGACAAGAAGAAGAAGAAGAAGAAAGAAAAGCAAAGGUGGACGAGUUUUGAGGAUGACGAAGACAAUGGCGAACUAGAGGAGGCGGCGGCGGCAGGGGCGGCAUCUGCAGCGGCUAUCGGGCGGCCCGCAAUGCAGCUGCAGCUGCAGCUGCCCCCCAGGUGGGACCCCUUCUCGCUCCUGGGGUUGCCGCCUCCCCCGCCUCUGUCCGCACUGUUCAAUCCCCUGGACCUGGGCUUCCGGGCUCCCGCCAACGCAUCUGUGGUUCUCUGGGCAGGUCGGCUGCUAGCCUUCACAGAGGGCGGAUCCCUGCCAUACGAAUUNAAACAAGUUGUCCCUGGAAACGCCUCCACCUCCAGGUCCAGCUCCAUCUCCGCCGCCACUUCCAUCCCAAGCACCUCCCCGUCCAGCAACUCCUCAAGCUGCGGGGUCCCCAACGACGGUGGCGAGCGGCCGCAGCGGCUGGUGGUCAUGGGCGCCGCGCAGAGCGGUCCGGACACGCUGUUGCGGUGGGUGGAGGUGGGGGAGGACGGAGCCCCCGCGGGGCCCCCCAUCACCUACCGCAUGGCGGCUACCUGGGCGGAGGGCCUUAUGGAUUUCUGGGUCACGGACCGGUACUACGUGGUAAUACAGCCCCCUCUGGACUUCAACCCGCAGCGCUUUGCCACGGAAGCUACUCUGGGCGCCGCAUCCUUCAUUGAGUGCUUUGACUGGGAUGCCGGCCGCCCCGCCCGCAUUCACCUCGUGCCGCGUCCGCCUGGUACCGUCACCGCUACUCCGACUUCUCCCUCCUCUUCCUCCUCCUCCUCGUCGUCGUCCUCAACCAGUAACGGCGGUAAGCAAGGCCAAGGACGCGGUCGUGGCACCGGCGUCAGCAUCGGCGGCGCACCCUUUGUCUGGCCCGCAAAAGGUCCCGAGGCGAUCGUGGUGGACGUACCGCCGCUGCUGCCUGUGUCCUGCGUGGGUUGCUACAGCCUGACGUCGGACGACAAGAGUGACGUACUUGUCCUGGACGCGACUUGUCAACAGGGCCUGCCGGGCAGUGGAGGAGGCGCACUGGACGAAUUGGAUCCAGAGGAACACCGGCGGAAGCCCAAGCCCGAGCUUGUGCGCCUUGUGGUCGAUCUCCGGUACGGCACCGCCUCCACAAGGGUGCUGUCGCAGCGCACGGCUUCUGCCGCAACCACCGCCGCCACGCCGGACUUGACGCCGGUGGGCCAAUGCAGCGGCGGUAUCUACCAUCACCUGUACGCCGCCGUUGCUGCCAGCGACGCCGCCGAGGGCUGGGCGCCGUCGCAGGUGCUGUUGAAGCUGGCUGUGCCGCCAGACCAUGCGGUGCCCGCUGCUGCCGCUGCCGCCGCCGCUUCGGUGAACGGCAAUGGCAACAGCAGCUGCAAUAGCAGUGGCUUGGCACGGCGACGAGGCAUCGGUGCGGAGAUAUGGUCCCCUGGGGACCGUGUCUUUGUGGGUCCGCCGGUUUUUGUGCCGCGCAAGGGUAACGGUGUGCGUGGUGCAGCAGCAGAUGUUGGCCCAGCUGAUGCCAUUAAUAACGCAGAUGGCAAUAGUGGAGAGAGGUCCGAAACAGAGCAGCAGCCAGCCGGCGCAUUGCCGCUUCCGUCCAUGGCGGUGGGAAGGGAAGCGGCGGCAAGCCGGGAAAUGGACGCGCAGGACGGCUGGCUUAUGGUGGUGUUGCACGACGCUGAGUCUAUGGUGGCGGAGUUGUGCGUGCUGGAUGCGAGUGACGUGACCCGUGGUCCAGUGGCGGUAAUCCGCCUGCCGCAUCAUCUACCGCAUGUGCGUGGCGCGCACUUCACGCGGUCAUACGUCGGUCCCGGCCUGGCGGCGCCGCCGGGUUGGCGGCCACGGACUGCUGUCGGCAAGCAAACAGCAGCAUCGCCAGACCAGUGAACAACAGCAGUGAUAUCUCAUGCACCCGCACCUAUAGCCAUAGUGACCCUCGAGCUGCAACGCGUGUGAGAGUUUUAUUGGGCCGGACGGGGUUGCGAACAGCUUUGUCACAAGACCAUGUCUGUGAUAGUACCUGGCAGCUGGCCGGAUGCUAUUUUGUUCAGUGCAUUGCCCUAUGAUGCUGCAAGGGCAUCAUUCAGGGUGUAUAAGGAAUCAUCCGGGAUGCGACGGUUGGGGCAUUCGUGUUGUGCAUGUUUCCGCUUUCAUUAUUAAUUUGAGUUGACGAAGUAUGUAGCGUUCCCGGUCGCAGCUUUGUGAAUCCUAUCUUUUGCAUAAACUAAAUUCAUCAGGUGAACGGUGUGGACAGCAGGACGAUACAUUUAACAUCGAAUUCAU